UUUGUCUACUUCAGUUGUCAAACUUUAAUCAAAGAAAACACCCAACAGCAAGGAGUGAUAAAAAAAAAAUUGCACAUCUCGGGAUGGCACUUUAUUUUCCUUACUUUAGUUGAGAUCUCAUAGUAGGUAUUUGUUUAUUCAGCUCCCCUGCAAACUGGCUUAUAAAUGAGAACUUGUGCAAUGGAAAGGAUGAAUCUUUUCACUCUAGAGGUACAGUCUCUAGUCAUGCUCUUUCAAUGUUUUAGAUCUAAGUCGAUCUUUUGCUCUCAAUCCGCACGUAUUAACUUUAUUUACCCUUCAAGAGAAGGCCUGUCAAUGAUAAAGCUAUCCAUCCGCAGAUAAAUGUCGAGGGUUAAGAGUUCUUGGACUUAGGAGUCUACUGGUGCCUGCUUGAUAUCACAAGAACGAUGACAAAAAGCUGAAACAUGAAGACUCUCUUAUUGUUAGCUGCUGCCGUCGUGGUUAUUAUCGAUGAUGUCAGUGGAUGUGGAGGUUGUAGACCUGGCCGCUCACCACCUCCUAGAUGGAGUAGUUGGGGCUCCUGGAUUAGCUGUAUAAACGGCUUGAAAUCAAGGCUUCGCACAAGGAUAUUUCAGUUUGAUUCCAGCCGCAAGGAUUGCGACGAAUGUUCCACAGGCAACGGCGGGUGCGCCCAGAUAUGUACAAACACUCAUGGAUCUUACAAGUGCAGCUGCAGAAAAGGAUAUCAGGCAAAUGGACGCAGCUGUUCAAAAUACCGAUGUCCUUCUCUAGGAUAUCCAUCCAAUGGAACGGUAGUUAGGUGUAACCAAGAAUAUCUAGGUUACUGCGAAAUAGCAUGUAACACGGGUUAUGAAUUAGUCGGAGUGGCGCGCAGCCAAUGCUUGCUGAGAGGCUCGACGGCUUAUUGGAGUAAUUCCUUGCCAAGUUGCAAAGCGAAAAGAUGCCAGAAAUUGACUAUAAAAAAUGGCGCUUUUAAAAGUGGUUCAUGUAAGAACAGCCCAACUCAUGGUCAAGAGUGCUCAAUCGGUUGUAAUCCUGGAUACGAAUAUAGGGGAACACCUAAAAGCUCUAAAUGUAAUGAUGGAUCUUGGAGCAACAGCAUCAUAGUCUGUCAGGAUACGGAACGUCCUAAAUUUGAUAGACAUUGCCCCGUGGAGAUCACGGAAGUCGCUCGAGGAGGGCAGAACUCCGCUCCGGUACAGUGGGGAGUAUUCACCGCGAAGGACAACUCCCAAAAAGUGAAGGUGACCCCAAAGAAUCUUAAACAACCGCAAAUAAUGAUGGAGGGCAGACACACGAUUCUCUAUAAAGCAGAGGACGCGGAAAAAAAUCGUGCAUUUUGCAAAGUAAACAUAAAUGUUAAAGUCUUCAGAUGUCCUCCAUUAUAUCCACCGCUAAAUGGGAAGCUUGUGAAUCCUAAAUGUGGCAAUCUUUACGGAAGUACAUGCCAUGUUAUGUGCGAUCAUGGAUUUACCCUCAAAGGCGACAAUGUCAGAAAAUGUGAAAAAAAUAAAAAUAAUACGUUCUGGAGUGGUAACCCAAAGUGCGAAGUUAAUAAAUGUUCAUCGCUCCCUGCUCCUGCAAACGCGACAAUGGCUGGAUAUGGCUGCGACGGUCGCGUCGCAAACUAUAGUACCACCUGCCUCGUCAGUUGCAACAUUGGUUUCACUGCAUUGCAAGGGUCAAGUAAACGAACAUGUUUGGCGAAUGGAAAUUGGAGUGGUUCACAACUUUCUUGCUCAGCUGUUAGUUGUCCCAAACUGAGCAUCAACCAUGGGGCCAUGAUGGUUGAGCCAAAAGAAUGCUCGAAUGGUAACAUUUCUUAUGCGACUGUUUGUCGGUUCACUUGCAAAGAAGGGUACCAGCUGGUGGGACCUGGACUGAAGACUUGUAUGCAGUCUGGAACAAUGCAUCCACUACAGAAUCCUUCUUGCAAAGACAUAGCUGCGCCAAAGUUUUUGUCUUGCCCAAGGAUGAUAGAAGCCACGGCUGCAAAGGAAGAACUUACGGCAAAAGUCGAAUGGGCUCGACCAAACGCAGCAGAUAAUUCUGGAAUACCACCAAAUGUCACAAUAAAAGGGAAAAAAUCAGGAUCCAUCUUUAGAGAGGGCGAACACAGCGUCAUUUACACUGCAGUUGAUAACAUGGGAAACUUUGCGACUUGCUUUGUUAGGAUAUUUAUUUCAGUAAUCCGCUGUUGGCCUAAGGUAUUUGCUCCACCUGGUGGUAGAAUGAUCUGUAGUAGUUCCAACGUUUACGGCUCCAAGUGCUUUUUUUCUUGCCACCACGGCUACAGCUUAGAAGGUUCUGUUCACAGAGUGUGCGAGAAGAACGGAAAGAAGGGUUACUGGACUGGAAACGAAACAAAGUGUAAAUUGGCCAAAUGCCCACACAUUGAUUUACCCCCUAACACUUUACAGUCCGGCUGCGGCGGUGGAAAAGUGCAAAAUUUAUUUGGUGACAGGUGCCUCUUCUAUUGCCGACGGGGUUUCUAUAAGGAGAGUGGGUCGCCUGAAAGAGUCUGUCAAGCAAAUGGAACUUGGUCUGGAGAACCAUUGCGUUGUCGAGAGGUGAGAUGUCCGCCAUUACAUCCUCCUAUCCACGGCUACGUGGAGCCUAAUGAUUGCACGUCCUCUCCAAAGUAUGGAGUCUCGUGUUACUUUUCCUGCAACAAAGGUUUCAGGCUAAUCGGAAAACCUCUAAAGUUUUGCCUGAACAACGGCAAAUGGUCUUCAAACUCUAGCAUUACUUGUAAAGACAUCGAAAGUCCAUCAUUUGGUUCAACUUGUCCUACCACUAUAUUAGUAACAGCAGACAAAGGAAAGAAUUACACAGUACCAUCUUGGCCGCCAAUAGUUGCUACAGACAACUCUGGUAUUAAGCCAGUCGUCACUUCAGUUGGAGUAAGAGCCAAAUACUACGAAGGAAAGCAUUUAAUUGUAUAUAACGCAACUGACGCCGCAGAAAAUAGAAAGCUUUGCCGCUUUUAUCUGUCUGUUGAUGUCACCAGAUGCCAAAGGCUUCUCAGUCCACUCAAUGGUUUCUUCAUUGGACCUUGCGGUAACAUAUAUGGUUCAAAGUGCACCAUGGGAUGCGACAACGGAUACAACCUUGAUGGCCCAUCGAGUACUACUUGCGUAGCUAGGUCAGGUCACUUGACGGGAAAGUGGGAUAAAGAUUUCCCGGUCUGUAGAAUUCGCAGAUGCACUAAACUGGACGUGCCAAAGUUUGGCAUUGUGUAUCCUUUCAUGUGUAUAAUAUCUCCUGUCAGUGGCACCGACUGUUAUUUUGAGUGCAAGCAUGGUUAUAAGCUGGAAGAAGGAGCAGAGAAAGUACAUUGCGGACUUGAUGGAAAAUGGGACGUGGGAGACGACGCAUCUUUUAAAUGCAAGGAUAUUACACGGCCAGUAUUUGAAAGCUGUCCCUUGGACAUUGCUGUUGGCCUGGACGAAGGAGGACGCGCAGAAGCAAAUUGGACAAUUCCUGUUGUAUCUGACAAUAGUCGUAUUGAACCGAAAGUAACUGUGUCACCGAAGGGUAUUCAUCCACCCUUUUCUUUUCACCACACCACAAAAGUAGCUUACACCGCCGUGGAUUCAUCGGGAAAUGUGGCAAAAUGUUCCUUUAAAAUAACUGUUGAAGAUAAUAAGGGACCCGAAGUUGUCUACUGCCCUCCUGACCAGGAAGUUAAGGCUACGGGAUGGGUUACAACAGUGAAGUGGAAACAACCAAAAUUUAAAGACAACAGCAACGAACCACUGAUCAUAAGCUGCAGCCACAAUGAAUCAGCAGACUUUUACUGGGGAACUUGGAACGUACAUUGUACUGCGUAUGAUAAAAACCCAAGUAACAAACCAGCCAUCUGCAAAUUCACAUUAAAUGUUAAACCUCUAGAAUGUCCAAAAAAGAAGCCACCGAAGAAUGGAGCGAUGGCCUGCGAUAACUGGGUUUUUGGGCACUUUUGCAGUCCGUUCUGCAAUGACCAAUGGGAUUUUCUUGAGGAUUUUAGAGAGUCUACUUGGUUUUGCACUGGAAGUGGAAUGUGGUGGCCGCGUAAGCACUGGCCAGAUUGUUCAAAGGCAGCUCAGCCAAACAAAGCAAGGAGAAAAGGCGAAUUGCAUUACUAUGCUGGAGAUUGCUCGAAUCCUGCAACAAGAUCACAAAUCAAGGAACAGUUUAUCAAGAUUCUAAACAGUACUGUUCAGAUUAACAGGGUUUGCCGGGAGAAGGCGUUUCGUGAUAAAUGCAAAGCUGAAAAUGUGAUUGUGACGUGCUCUCUCGUUGACAUCAAACCAAAUAGGAACAGAAGAGAUUCAGCAGUUGAUGAUACGAUUCACAGAAGAGUCCGGCGGGCAGUUCCAGUUACAAAAAUAACUUUUGAAAUUGCAGUUUACCUUGGGGACGUUGUCACAGACGAUACCAAAGAAAGCAAGAUAAAACUAGGAGACAAAGGAGUGCGAAUCACGCAAAACAUUAGUUCUCAGAUCACAGAGGCUUUGGAUAAGGAAAGCAUUCCUAUAACAUUAGAUGGAAAGAAAAUCCUUCCGGAUAAAAAUUCCUUAAACUUUUCUGAACCCGAAAAGGAGUGCGCCAAAGGACAAACUUUCAGAGAUGGAUUUUGUCUAAACUGUACGUCUGGCACCUAUUUAGACAAAGGAAGCGGUACAUGCAAUGAUUGCCCAGCAGGAACCUACCAGGAAAGAGACGCUCAGACAAGGUGCCUCCAAUGUCCAAAUGGCUCUUCAACAACGGAGUCAAGGACAGACAACAGCUCAAGUUGCCUUGCCCUGUGUAGAGCUGGUACAUUUUCGCCCACUGGUCUAGAGCCCUGCAUGUUAUGUGAAAAAGGGUUUUAUCAGGAGGAAGAAGGACAAAAAGUUUGUAAAAAAUGUAUGGAAGGGCAAACAACUUCAUUUGAGGGCUCCAACAGCUCUUCAAAGUGUGGUGUUGCUUGUCCAGCGGGGUCCUUCUCAAGUACUGGACUAGAGCCUUGUACUCUAUGUAACAGACGUUCUUAUCAGUCACACGAAGAAAGCCGCAGCUGUCUUUUCUGUCCUGGUACCACUGAAACACGGAAAAACGGAUCAAGGAGUCGUCAGGACUGCGUAGAAAUAAACGAGUGUGAUUCAAGUCCGUGCAUAAACAACUCAACAUGUAAAGGACUGGUGGCUGACUACCUAUGUUUAUGUCCACCUGGAUUAGCCGGAAAGAAUUGUGAAAUAAACGUAGAUGACUGUCAACAUGAGCCAUGCCUCAACAAUGGAACCUGUCAUGAUCUUUUGAAUGGCUUUAGGUGCUCCUGCCCACAAGGAUUUGAGGGUGUCAACUGCGAAAACGACAUCGAUGAAUGUAAGUCAUCACCGUGCGUUCAUGACUCAACAUGUAACAAUAUCCCAGGCAGCUUUACCUGUAUCUGCGAGACGGGUUUUACCGGCGUGAUUUGUGACGUAGAGAUUGAUGAAUGCAACGCAUUGCCGUGUCUAAAUGAUGCAACGUGCAUAAGGAAAUCAAACGGAUAUGAAUGUGUCUGCCCAAGGGGGUUUCAAGGCACUAACUGCGAAGACAAACUUGAGGCAUGUGCAUCUCUUCCGUGUCAGAAUGGGGCCAAGUGUAUCGAUGGCACCAACAGCUAUGAGUGCGCUUGCACGGAAGGGUUUAAAGGAAGUCAAUGCGAGAUAAAUAUCGAUGACUGUGCGGAUAAUCCUUGCAUUAAUAAUUCCACGUGCAUCGAUGAUGUUAACGAGUUUUAUUGUCGUUGCGAAAGCGGUUUUAUCGGUAAAGCAUGCGAAUUCAAGACGGAUGACUGUCUCCUGAAAGUUUGUGAGAAUAACGGGACUUGCAUUCCUACAGGUGAUGGCUUCAUGUGCAAAUGUAGGCCGGGAUUUGACGGAUUGAACUGUGAAAAUAACUUAGACGAUUGCGCGUCCAACCCUUGUUCCAACAAUGCCAUCUGUCGCGAUGAAGUCAAUAACUUUACCUGCCGCUGCCCUCCAGGUUACACUGGAAAGGAUUGCAACAUAGAUAUAGAUGAAUGCGAAGCAACGCCUUGUUCCAACAAUGGAACAUGUUCUGAUUAUAUUAACUCCUUUAGUUGCCAGUGUAGGGAUGGUUUCGAGGGUUCUCUUUGCGAAAUCGAUGUAGAUGACUGCAAAAGCUCACCUUGUCUGAACAAAGGUAUAUGCACUGACCGUGUGAAUGACUACACCUGCGAGUGUCCCUUUGGAUUCACUGGCAUCAACUGCGAAAUCGAUCUUGAUGAAUGCAGUUCAAACCCAUGUCUUCACGAAGGAACUUGUGUGGACCUUUUGGGACGAUAUGAGUGUGCCUGCAUUGAUGGUUAUACGGGUGGGGAUUGUGCUUAUGAUAAAGAUGACUGUCUGAGUUCUCCAUGUUUAAACAAUGGAACAUGCAUUGACAAAUUAAAUAGUUACAUUUGCGAAUGUCCCGAUGGCUUCGUGGGAUUACACUGUGAAAAAGAUGUUAUCGACUGCUUUGAAGACGUAUGUCUGAAUGGGGGUAUUUGUAGAGACGGAAUAAAUACUUAUGACUGCGACUGUUCUCCUGGAUAUUUUGGACAACAUUGCGAAUUCGAAAUGAACGAAUGCGACUCCUGCCCUUGUCUAUUUGGAGGAUCUUGUCAUGACAAAGUAAAUGGUUAUGUUUGCACUUGUCUCAAUGGCUUCACCGGCGUAAAUUGUGAAGAAAAUAUCGACGACUGCAAGCUAAGUCCAUGUUUUAACAACGGAACAUGCCUAGACGAAGUUGUUGACUACUCGUGUUACUGUCCAGAGGGCUUCACCGGUGCAAAUUGCGAAAUUCUCAUUGAUUUCUGUGAAGAAGCAACCUGCACAAACGAUGGGACCUGCAUCAAUUCACCCAAAGGUUUUGAAUGCGAGUGCAGAAAUGGCUAUUACGGAGAAAGAUGUGAACUAGUGGUUAAUGAAUGCUGGACUCAGCCUUGCUUUACUGAUGCAACCUGUGUUAGCAGUGGAAGGAAUUUUACCUGUAUUUGCCCUAAUGGAUUUACUGGUAAGCUCUGCGAAAUUGGUAUAAAUGAGUGUGCGAGUAGUCCUUGCAAGAAUGCCGCAAUUUGUGCCGAUGACAUCGAUGGAUUCACUUGCAUUUGCAAUGAGGGCUACGGUGGAACUUUGUGUGAAAAUGACAUUGAUGAAUGCAAGUUUAACCCUUGUGCAAACAAUGGAACAUGUCAUAACCUGACACCGGGUUAUAAGUGCAGCUGUCUUGACAUAUUUGGAGGGAAAAAUUGCGACAAGGAAUUAGAUUUAUGUGAAUCAAGGCCUUGCCAAAAUGGAGGAAAUUGCACCAUCGAUCGUUCCAACAGUACAUUCAAAUGCGCUUGUCUACCUGGUUUUACCGGAAGGCAGUGUGAACAGAACAUCGAUGACUGCCGAGGAGUGUCAUGUUUUAAAAAUUCAUACUGCAUUGACUCGGUAAACAAUUACACCUGCGAGUGUCUUCCAUCUUAUACAGGGGAUUAUUGCGACAUCCUUCUUGGCAGUAACUUUGAUCUGAUUUUUAAAAGGAAAACUGCAGACGACAUGGUUCUUCUUCCGGAUAACAACAGAAUCCCCAACAUGGCUCGCUUUACCGUUGCCAUGUUCCUAAAGGCGGAUUCCAAGGUCAAGUCAGGAACUCUGUUUGGAUAUAGCGUGGAAGAAGACUCCAAAGAAAAUAUAGUGCUGUAUUAUUCUGCCACUCAAUUGCGCAUGAAAUUGAAAGACAAAAUCAUUAGCGCAAACUGCACCCUUGCAGAUGAUCAAUGGCAUUUCGUUGGAGGCGUGUGGGAUGGAGAAACUGGAGUCGUUUCGCUGUAUUUGGAUGGGCGGGAGUUAAAAAAACAAGACAAUGUUCUUAAAGGGAUGCUUAUGCUAGGUGGUGGAUGGAUUUCCCUGGGAAAGUUUUAUAUUGCUUCCCAAAAAAGAGCUGAUACAUCUUCGUUCUUUUCUGGAACUCUCCACCAAGUGAACCUGUGGAGCACUGCUGCUACAGCUGAUCAUAUUUGGCUAGCUGCUCAGAACUGCUCUUGGCCCAUUCCUGGAAGUAUAAGAGGUUGGACUGAUUUUCUUUUUGGAAUCAGAGGAGAAGUGGCAAAGAAAUUUAAGUCAGAUUGCAAAGCCAUAAAGACAACAACCAGGGGAUCCGCGUAUCACUUUGCAAGAUGUGAAUCCCGGGAAGUCCGUUAUUACUGCAUUUGCGAAGCAGGAUUUACUGGUGAUCACUGCAAAAUCAACAUUAAUGACUGUGCGACAAAUCCUUGCGUACAUGGGAAUUGUGUUGAUGGUAUUAACCAAUAUGAUUGCGUCUGUCAACACGGAUACUGGGGAAAACAUUGCGAACGGAAGCUAAGCAUCGAGAAAGCGUGUCCAAGAAUUGGAAAACCAUUUAAAGGCAGUAAACAAUGCAAAAAGGCCGGUGGCGAGGCUCUGUGUACGUUGAAGUGCGACGAGGGAAAUUCCUUCGAAUUUAAAGCAACAACUAGAUUGACCUGUGGUCCUGACACGAGGUGGAAAUGGAACGGGAUAAGCAAACUAAGAUUACCUAUCUGUUCUACAAUUGUUUCUCCAGGAAAAAUAUCACAUGAAUUCUCCCUUCUUUUCUAUGGCAUCGUUUGCCAUAGAAGCCCACAUCCACAAGGAGUAAUUACAGCAAUUGAACUUGGAGUAAGAAAAUCACUUAUGAGUAUCCCAGGAUGCUCCUUUUCCGAUGAAUGCAAAGCCUAUGCCGUCACUUCAUCGGCAUGUGGCGAUGUUACCAAUGCAUUGAAAGUUCAGUUUUCGGUGUCAAUCCAAAAAAGUCGGUCAACACUGGUUGCAACCAUUGAGGAAACAAGCGAAGCCGCCAAGUUUCAGUUGGAGUACGACGUAUCAACGGGGAAUUUUGCGAUUAACAUCAAUGGUAUCAGCGUUACUGCAGACAAGUCGUCGUUAAAACAUCUGUAUACCUCAUUUACGUGUUUACCGGGAUCUGUAGUGGGCAAGGGCGCCGAGGGUUGUGUGAAAUGUCCCAUUCAAACGUUCCAUAACCAGAAAACUCACGUGUGUGAACCCUGUGGCUUAAACUCCUAUCAAGACAAAGAAGGACAAACCAGCUGCUUGUUUUAUCCUGGUUUUGGAAAUAAGUAAUUUGCUCCUUGAUCAAUGCAACGAGUUAAAUAACAUGUCAGUGUUCCUAGCUGGCACGCAUGUUUAACUGGUUUUCAUGUUAUAGCUUGAACCAUUGAAUUAGUAGUGAUUCGUCUUAAGUGCUUCAAUUUAGAUUUUAUACUUGUCAUCAGUCAAUAUCUGUGGUAUUCACUUGAUCAGCUGGGAAAGCUCGAGUAAACUGUAUUUUCAUAAGCAAAAGUAUAGUGUCCUAUCUAAUUGCGGAUAACAUUCAAGUUCCCAUGUAGCCAUUUUAGUGUUGUAGUAUAAUGGAUUGCUUUGUUUUGCAGUAUGUUUGGUCCAAGUGACACAAGAAUCAUCCUUAGUCGCCUCUAGUGGUCUGCAUUCGAACAUCAUUCAUUUCAUGUUAAUGCUAUGGUUACCCUUAAAAAUGCAAUAGUUGUCACCGCCCUACCCCAGUCCCAUGAUUUCGCUAUGCUCAUAACAGAUGUUUGAUUAUUUUUGCGGUUGCACGAAAGACUUAAAUAAACUAACUACUUUCAAAUUUCAA